AUGUCAAUCUCAUUUCAUGUGAAUCCGGAGUAUGCAAUGUUGUCUGAGAUUGUGCCCGGAUUGAUGAUUUGUGGAGUUUCGGCGUUGAAUGCAGAGACAAUGAAGUCGAAUAAAGUCACGCAUAUCAUCAAUGCAACGACUGAGGUGCCAAGUUUACGAAGUCUUGGCGAUAUCCAGAGGACAAAACUUUGGUUAGAGGACACUCCACAAACCUACAUCUAUCCACAUCUCGAAUUGCAAAGUGAUCAGAUUCGAGCCAUUCUCGAGGACGGUGGUCGAGUUCUUGUGCAUUGUGUAGCCGGAGUGUCGCGUUCGGCCUCGAUCGUGCUCGCCUAUCUCACAAAAUACUAUUGCCGAUCUUUGCGUGACGCCUACCAUUUGAUGAAGGCAAAGCGGCCAAUGGUGCGCCCGAAUCUCGGCUUUUGGCGUCAAUUGAUCGCUUUUGAGCAGAACGUCAAAGAGAACCCUGGAUCGGUUAGAUUGGUUAGAGAGGAGAGCCACGAUCAACUUCUGCCAGAUGUUUAUCUAACUGACGUUAUCGAAGCUAGGCCAACGAGUCCUUGCGACGAGGAACGCGCCACUGAUGAAGGUCGCACGAGGCGACAAUCCGGGAAAUCCAACAAAUUCGUGCCUGUUCUCGAGCCACUUGCCGAGAUUGCCGAAGCAGCUGCU